ACAAAUCCUGAGCAACCAAGCAUGAUCUUCAAGUACAUUGUCUGUGUUGCACUGGUAGCAAGUGUUUCAAGUUCAGCUGAGCCGGUAAAAGCCAAACCUACUUACCAAAGAAGAGAUGCAAUAACUGGUCAGAUGGUGACAUGUGAGAAGUGCCCACCAGGGACGUUUGCGGAAAAGCACUGUACCAGUUCACAUCCAACAAUCUGUGGGCCCUGCCCAGACUUGCAUUAUACUCAGUACUGGAACUACCUUCAGAAAUGUCGCUACUGUAACGUCUUCUGUGUGGAGCAUCAGUACGAAAAGCAACAGUGCAACUCCACACAUAACAGAGUGUGUGAAUGCAAGGCUGGCUAUUACUUAGAGUUUGAAUUCUGCCUGAAACACACUGAGUGCCCUGCUGGUGCUGGUGUGAUUAAAGCAGGAACGGCCUUCCAAGAUACAAGCUGUGCACCAUGUUCUGCUGGCUUUUUCUCUCCAACAUCCUCUAGUUCAGAACAUUGUAUUGCACACACAAACUGUAGUGUAGACGGUUUAGUGGUCAAUGUCCCAGGUAACCGAUAUCACAACACCCUGUGUACUCCCUGCAAGAAAUAUAUUGGAACUUCUGUCAGUAAACCAGUGUGUGAUGAUGCACUUAUUCAGUUUGUGGCACAUCAGAAGAUCCCAGCAAAGAAGCUUACCAAGUUUCUUAAUUUACUUUCGAUUCAAAAUGCUCGAAGAAUACGUAAGCAUAUAUUAACAGAGAACAAGAAUGUGAUGCAUGCAACAUUAUAUCCCCUACUAGUGAAAUGGAAAGAAACCGUCAAGGAAGAGAACGUAUCUGAAAUAAUAGUCUCAAUACUCGAAAAAGCAAAGAUGAGAAAUGUUUUACAAAAUGUACAAGAUCGUUUCUGGUGAAGUAUUAUUAUUUUAUUUGGCCAUCAGUUUCCGGGCCUCCAGAAACAGCUACAAUAUUAUCCAGGUUAAUAUCCUGGUCAAUGCCACUGAAGAAUUCUCACUGACAGCAAAGAGCUAGCCAGUAUGUUUUAUCAUACUUAAUUUGACUGAAAGUGAAAUAAAGAUUAACACAAAAGAUCAAGGUGAAAUAAUAUAAUAUCAUUAAAAGGAACUUUAAGACAAUAAGUAUUUAAGGGCAUGGAAAUAUUAAUGUGGAUGAAGAAACUUGAUAUUCCAUAAAUAUAAAAUUUGAGGUCAUUCAGGAAGAGUAAUGGCUUUGUAUUCCAUUAGGGUCUCAAUUGCAUUUCAUUCAACAGGGUUAACAGCCAAUGACUUACAGAAAAACUGUAAAUAAAUUAUUAGAAAUCUGUUCAAACACUUGGUGCUUAAAAGUGUCUGUAUAUUCUAUAUUGCUUUAGGAUACAAUGAAGAAUGGAAUUUAAUUUAUAUUAGUUGUAUAAAAGAUGAAAUGUAAAUAACUUGUGACUGAAACAUAGUCUCAUCAUUGAAACGACCAAUGAAAAACUGUGAAGCUUUUCACUAAGUUAUCCAUUUAUAUUUAUAGACAUGUUAUAAUAAACAGUGCAUUUCAAGAAUUCCCAAAUAAAAAGUAGAUAUUUAUUAUUCUAUCCACUGUUAUCUUAAAUCUUUUGCUUUUAUUUGUUUGUUUGAAAGAAGUUUGAUUAAGGUGUAGUCAGUUACUAACAUCAACUAAAAAUUGAUGCCAAGAAGAAUCAGAGCUUUUUAAAGAAACUGACUAUGAAUCUGUGAAAAGAGAUCUUCAUAAAGACCCAAGGGCACUAUUUAUUUGCUUUCUGUACAGAUCUUUUGUAGUAUGAUCGUCUGCAGAAUUUUCAAGUCAAUUUACGAGUGAUGACAAGAGUAAGAUCUUUUCAAGAUGCUGACAGGCUCAGAGAUCUUGCUCAUCACAACCUUUAUUCUGUGAAAAGUGAUAAUACAGGUCAAUUAAAUUCAUCGAUUUAUGAAAUUAUAUGAACUUGAACAUAUCUUCAUCUUGGAAUGUUACUCAUUCCAGCUGUCACUCAAAGCUUGUUCCUGGUGAUGAAUAGGUGAUCAAUCUUGUGCACAAUUACCUUGCAGAUUGCUGUAACCAUACUCUCAAACAUCUUUAGUAUAAUACUAAAGAGUCUCACUUGUUACAAUAAAUAUAUCUUCCUGAUACCAAGUUUUCUAUAGUAUUAUUUGUAGUGUAUUGUGUCACAUUAUGUGCUGUGUUUAUUUAGUUUUAAUAAACUUUUGCAAUUCUG